AUGUCAUCUGCUGAAAUGUUAAUUACCUGUUCAAUGUUUAUUGCAUUUGGUCAAUUGGAGGGAUAUGAUAAAAGUCAAGCAUGUGCACUUGGUUUAGCAUGUUUACAAAAAGCAGCAAAGAAUUCACCCAAUCAAAUUCAAAUAUUUCACAUCAUGCUAAGAAUGGAAGAAUUGGAACAUUUAGCCUUUCAUGGAAAUAAUUUGGAAGUUUUAAGAAGAUUGGAAACUUUAGAAAAAAAGGUAAAAAUUUUAGGAAGAGCUCACAAAACAUUUUUUAAAGAAUUAUUGAAUGAAAAGCCAAAAAUUACAAAAUUGGAAAAUAUCAAUCGUACAUGUUGUGUACUUUACAAUGAAUGUGAUAAGAUUUAUGAGAAUUUAUUGAAUAUGAGUAGAAAUAAUAAGGCACUUUUGAAAUCUUAUGCUUCCUAUUUGGAAAAAUAUAAAUGGGAAUUCCAAUUAGCUCAGGAAUUUUAUGAGGAAGCUCAAGAGGCUGAAGAAGAUAAGAAAACUGCACAAAUUAUAUUGAAAUCUAGACGAAAGUCAAUGAAAGGUGAAAUUCCACAACCAAUUCCAGAAUCAGCAAGUAGAAGAUUCAGUAUCACCAAUACUUCAUAUAUGAAUGAUGAAAAUUGGGAUUCGGUUAGUUGUGCAGCAGCUGAAGAGAAUGAAGAUAGAAAGGAUAAUAUCAUUAGAAGUGCUAUUAAUACUCCUAUGAAUACUUUGAUUUAUUCAUUAUCUUUCUUAUUGAUUAGUUUAGUUUCAAUUAUUGCUUUGGCUAUCAUUGCACCAAUGGCAUUGAGUUAUUCUGCAACCAUUGAUAUUAGAAUGUCAAUGCAAGAGAAAGUAUGCUUAAUGUCAGGUGUUCCUUACAAGAUGCUUUCACAAAUCAAAGCCCUCCAAUCAGAACAUGCCUUGAGAGGUUUCAUUUCUCCUCAAAUGAAAAAUUCAACCUAUACUCAAACUAAUCUCAUGUUAGAUUUAACAGAAGAAGUAAUAAGUGCAGGAAGUAAUGGUAAACUAAUUCCAGAAGUAGUCCAAGCCUAUUUAAAUAGUGAAUAUAUUGUAAGCAUUCCAAUUAAGAAUUAUUCACUUGAAAAUACUUCAAUUAUUCCUGAAUAUUCACAAACUAAUACUUCACUAUCUUUCUAUAUGGGUACUAUUCUAGCUCAGGGUAGAAAUGUUCUGUUACAAUUUUCAGAUUUGGAAACUUUGACAACUCAUUUGGAUAACAAUUAUCCAUUUUUAUUUUUCUAUUACAAUAGAAUGGUCAUGACAAAUGCAUUUAACAAAUUUUGUACAACAUUUGUGAAUGCUAGUGUUGAUUCAUUGGAUCAGAAUUUCAAUUCUUUAUUAAUUGCUUCUUGUUCAGUUAUGGUAGUUUAUCUAUUUUUGGCAAUUUCUUACUUGUUAGUAAUGCGUAUGCAUACUAAGAGAAUUACUAUGGAAAUUAAGGGCGUAUUCAAAAAGAUUCCAAAAGAUGAAAUUGGAAAAAUUUAUCAUAAUUUUGAUAAGAAAUUGGACGAUACCAUGAAUUCAUUGAAUUCAUCCAUAUUGAAACCUAAUCGUUUAAUUAUUUUAUCAGGUUGUGUUACCAUUCUAAUAGUUUGUAUGGGUAUUAUUUUGAUUCUCAUUGAGUAUAAACUAAAUUCAGAUAGAGCUUCACUUUCAAUGAAUAAUCUCAGUAUAAUUAAUAGUGUAUUAUAUAGAGUUUCAAGUGUUAAUUUCAGAGUUAAUGAAAUGAUUCAAAGAUCAAAAUAUAGUCAAUUGACUACUUUUAAUCAAUUGAGAGAUUCAAGUGUAACGGAUAUUCAAGCUAUUCAAAAAUAUUGGUAUUCCAUAAUUUUGGGAAAUGAUAAAUCUGGUUAUCAAUCAGCAGUGGUUGGAAAAUAUUCAGAUAUUGAUGCUCAAUUGAGUAAUACAUGUAAUGAUACUAUUGAAAUGAAUUUUGCAAACACUACUAAUGAUAACUUAUGUUUUGGAUUGAAUGAUUUCAUUACUGAAUUCAUUUCUAGAGCUACUGAAUUGAAUGAAGAAGCUUUUAAACUAUCUGAUUCGACAAGUGACUUGACAAGAAGAUAUAUUGAUAGACUUUUCUAUCUUUCUCAAGUAUUGACUCAACAAUUAUUAGGAUUUGUAUCUAAAUUUGUUGCUCAUGAAAAAACUGCUCAAACUUACAUUACAGCAACUUCAAUUUCUGUUACAAUUAUUGUAAUCAUUGUAAUGGGAGUAUUGUGUUUCAAUUCUUUACUUAGUUUUUGGAAGGAACGAUUCUGCUUGAGAAUGCUAUUGAAUUAUCUUAAUAUGGAAGUGAUUGAAAACACUUUCCUAUUGAAGGAAUAUGUCAUGUCCAAUUCUGUUUCAUUUUCAAAUACUACAACAAAAAUUAUGGGAAAGCUCAAUAAGAUUCAUUCAGAGGAUAGCUCAACAUGUGGUGAUGAAUCCAUUCUAAUGGUCAAAACAGUACUCAAUGGAGGUGUCGAUGCAAGUAUUCUUUGUAAUAGAGAAGGAAGUAUUACAAUAUUUAAUAAUGCCGCUGAGGAAAUGUUUGGUUAUGCAAGAGCUGAUGUUUUAGGUGAUGCAAUUCAAACUCUAUUCACAGAAGAAUAUUCAUCUCGAUUGACCAAAUUAAUGAGUUCAGAAUCAACAUGUAAAGGUGAUACCUUCGAAGCUAUUGGAUUACGCAAGAACAAGUCAACCUUCAACUCAAAAGUCAGUGUUUCAGUCACAACCUACGAUAAGAAACCCAUGUUAAUUGCCUUUAUUAGAGAUGUAACUCCUGAAAAGAAACUAAAUUUGUUAAUUUGUGAAGAAAAAAAGAAGAGUGAAGAUUUAUUAUUGAACAUUCUGCCACAAGCAAUGGCUUCACGAUUGAAGAAUGGUGAGACGAAUCUGUACGAAAAAUUCAAUGAUAUUAGUGUAUUUUUUAGUGAUAUGGUUGGUUUUACAUCGAUGAGUUCUGGAAUGCAACCAAGUGAGCUAGUUCAAAUGCUCAACUCAAUUGUGCAGGGUUAUGACAAGUUGACAGAAGUUCAUGGAAUUGACAAGAUUAAAACCAUUGGUGAUGCUUAUUUUUGUGUUGGUGGACUUCAGGCAAGCAAAACUUCUGAUCAUCCAGAAAAGAUGUUGGCAUUUUCAAUUGACAUUAUGUCAUUUUUAAGAAGAACUAAUGCUUCCACUAACAAACCAGUUAAUAUUAGAGCAGGAAUUCACACAGGUGAAGCAGUAGCUGGCGUAAUUGGAUUUAAAAAGUUUGCCUAUGAUUUGUGGGGAGAUACUAUUAACACAGCUUCAAGAAUGGAGUCAACCGGAGUUCCAGGAAGAAUUCAAAUUUCCAGAACAACCUAUGAAAGAGUUUACGAUUUGGGUUUUGAAUUUGAAGAGAGAGAACAGGAAGUGAAAGGAAAAGGAAAAAUGAAAUGUUACUUGUUAUCGAGUAAACAUCAUGAAAAUCCAAUGAAUUUUCAAGAUGAUGAUGUGAAUAUUAGAACAUUUCAGAGUACAGAGUUUUUGAGUUUGAAAGAACAUCACGAUUGUAAAUAAACAAGUAUCUUGUUGGU